AUGGCUCCAUUUUCUGAGAAUAUUUUGGAUAUGAUUAAAAGCUUGAGAAGAAAUUGGCACCACCUUUGUCCUUCUGAGAGAACUACUGUGUGUGGUGCUGAUUCCAUGCUCUUGGCUUUGCAGCUGUCUAUGGCAGAGAUCAAUAAACAGCACUCUGGAGAAUUCACUGUCUCUCUUAGUGAUGUAUUGUUGGCUUGGAAACACUUACUACAUGAGAAACUAGGCUUGCCAUUUGAAGACACGGAAGUGGUUGAACAUUAUGAAGAUAUCAGAAACACUUAUGGUGCUUUUUUGAAGAGCAGCAACAUGCUGGACCUGAUUGAUGUAUACCAGAAGUGUCAAACACUGACCUCUACUUGUGAGAAUAAAAUGAUGUCUCCUGUAACUUUGAAUUCAGUUGUGACACUAGUAUGGGACCGUCCGGCAUGGCGUGCCCAUGUCAAAGGAAGUGUCGUGCCCUCUGAGCUGCGGUAG